CGCCCCUUCCGUCAGGCCACGCCCCUCCGCUCCAGACCCGGCGAUCAUGGUGGUGCUAAAGGGCGUUCCGGCGCUGCUGUCCCCUGAGCUGCUCUACGCCCUGGCGCGGAUGGGGCACGGCGACGAGAUCGUUUUCGCAGACGUGAACUUCCCCACCGCCUCCAUAUGCAGGUGUGGGCCGGAGGAGAUCCGCGCUGACGGCCUGGGCAUUCCACAGCUCCUGGAGGUUGUGCUGAAGCUGCUGCCACUGGACACCUACGUAGAGAGCCCGGCUGCUGUCAUGGAGCUGGUGCCCGGUGACCGGAAGAUCGGCCUUCAGACCCCGGUGUGGAAGAGCUAUGAGUCCAUCCUCCUGGAGGCUGGCUGCGUGGUGAGGCUGCAGCCCCAGCCAGGGGGCUCCCGGGGACCCUCUGCACCUCUGUGGAGGCUGAGCGCCCUGGCGAAGAUAGAGAGGUUUGAGUUUUAUGAGCGGGCCAAGAAGGCUUUUGCUGUUGUAGCAACUGGAAUGUCCACCACACGGGCGUCCCAGGCCCUGUGAGCAGAGCUGGGUCAGGCCUACCUGUGCAGGAACAGGAGCCAGGAGCCCCGCCAGUGAGGGCGCCCACCGCCGUCUGAGCAGCCUCGAGGUGAUGGGCAGGAGACCUAGCGGGAGGUUGCUCCCCACCAGCAUCCUUGGUGGCUCUAUUCUGUCCCUUGCCAGUGGCCCCGGGGGACCGCCGUACAAGCACCACUGACCCCUCCACUGCCCAAGAGCUAUGGCCAGGCAACCUCCAUGGAACCCAGACCCGCCAGCCAGGCAACCGCCCCUGCUUCGCCGCAUCCCUGAGCUAUAGGGGGCCAGGAAGGUCGGAGAGUCUCUUGGGUGGCUUCCUAAGGGUGCCCCUGAGAAAACAUCUUGGCCCAGCCCUGCAUCGUGGAGACCUGGAAAACUUGGGCAAGAGCUCCCUCCUGUCCCAGAGGCCAGGCCUGUGCAGGCUGGGGAGUGGCUGUCUGUCCUCUCUCCUCUGGCCUGGCGUGGCCCUGAGGGAGAAGCCAGCGGUGUUGCCUCAUGGGAGUGCAGGGAAAGGGGCACGGCUUAGAAGCGCCUCUGUGGGGGGCGCCUGGGUGGCUCAGUGGGUUAAACUUCUGCCUUUGGCUCGGGUCAUGAUCUCUGGGUCCUGGGAUCG